AUGGUCACACUGGGACGCAAGCCGCGGCCCGGGGAGUCGUGGUGCCCUGUGUGCGGCGUCACCCUUCGCCCCGGGGAGCUGGAGGCACACCUCACCCACGAGCUGGAGAAGCUGGCGCGGCUCCCCCACGCCCGCCCGCCCUCGCAGCGCUCCACGCCCCCCGCGCCCAACGCUCCCGCCCCCCCGCCAGGCACCCCAGCAGGCACCCCCAACACACCCUCAUCCUCUGGUGCCAACGGGGAGGCGAGGGGGGGCAGGGUGAGGGGGGCGGGGCGGGGGAGUGACUGGGAGAUGUACUCGAGGAUCCGGAGCAAGAGGGAGCGGCGCGUGGGUCGGCGGAGGGGGGCCGGGGAGGGGGUGACGUGUCCUGUGUGCGGCGUGGGGGAAGGGGACGCCGACCCCCCCGAGGACAUCCACCAACACAUCGACGACUGCUUGAGACGGGUGGAGGAGGAGGGCGAGGACGAGGUGGAGGUGGAGGUGGAGGAGUACGAGUGGUGUGGUGAGACUCGAAUCCGCGCCACCCAGAUGCUGCGGGCCGAGGGACAACUGCACGCCUUAGGGACGAGGGUGGAGCACGGCAGCGAGGACGAGGUGGUGGAGGUGUGCGAGGACGAGGAGGAGGCGCAGUUCGGGGUCUCGCAAUUCACAGACGCAGACCUCCCGCCGUCCCGCACAGACACCCACCCCCUCACCCCCCUUACCACAGACUCACCGCAGAGACACACAGACCAGGAACAGACAACCAUGGGACCAGACAACGCCGCGGAAGCAAGACACGGGGAAGAAAACGGAGGAUAUGAGCGCGGAACUGAAAAUCGCGAAACUGGAAACCGCGAAACUGGAAAUCGCAUAACUCGGAAUCGCGGAAAUGAAGACACGGGUGAAAAUGGGUGUCACGCGGCCUCUUCUUCUUCAGCACCUUCUUCGUCGGUUCCUGGUGGUGAUGAGGGUGGAAGCGGCGCGGUGGUGGAGGCGCUACGGGCGAGAGUGCGGGAGUUGGAGGAUGCCUGCGCGCGCCCACACCACUCCACCUGCCGCGUGUGCCAUGACGAGUACGAGGCCCCCCUGGUAUCCGUCUCCUGCUGGCACGUCCACUGCAGGUCGUGUUGGCUCUCCGCCCUGGCCAGCCGUCGUUUGUGUCCACAGUGUAGCGUGAUCACCGGGCCGUCUGACCUGCGGAGGAUUUACCUGUGACCUGCGUGUGACCUGUGACCUGUACGUGACCUUAAGAGCGAUGGGAAGUGAUGGGGAGUGAUGGGAAGUGAAGAGAGGUGAUGGGGAAGGAAAAGAAGUGAUGGGAAGGGCAGAGGUGAAGGGAAAUGAAUGGGAGGUGAAGGGGAGUGAUGGGAUAUUAAGAUGAUGAAGAGGAAGUGAAGGGGAAGUGAAGGGAAGAGGAAAGGGAAGUGAAGAGGAAGGGAAGAUGAAGUAGAGAGUAGUGAAGGGGUAGAUGAAAGGGAAAUAUAGAGAAGUGAAGGGAAGUAAAGGAUAUUGAAAAGGAAGAUGAAGGGAAGUGAAAAGAAGGUGAAAAAUAUGAAGGGAAGAAGAGGAAGACGAAGAAGUGAAGAGGAAGAGGGAAGGGGAGUGAAGGGAAGACGAAGAGAAAGAAGAAAAUGUGAAUGUGAAGCGAAAGGAAGAUGAAGAGGAAGAAAAAGGAAGUGAAGGGGGGAUAAAGGGGAAGGGAUGGGGAGGAGUUGCCCUUCUUAAUUAAACCUCUUCCCCUCCCCCUGCCCCCUCCCCCCCUUCCCCCUGGCGUCAACUCCCCUUCCUCCUCCCUUCUGAUGAUCUCAAGUUGGUAUGCCGAUGGUGGAGGUAAUUUUUCCUUCAUUUUUUUCUUUUUUCCGUUUAUAUAUUUUUCUGGGAAUGGUUUUUUUUUCUUCAGUUUUUCUUCUUUUUCUCAUUUUCUUUCUUUUUUUUUCCUUUCUGUCAAUCUUCCACUUUUUCUUUCAUUCUCUUUGCUGUCUCUCUUUCUCUAUCUCUUUCUUACUUUCAUUUGCUUUUUUUCUCUUUCUCUUUUUCUUUCCCUUGUUCAUUUACAUAUUCAUUAUUUUUUUUUCUCUCAUUCCUUAUUUUCUUUCAUUCUCUUUCUGUCUAUAUGUCUGUUCGUCUGUAUAGGUUUCUCUCUCUCUCUCUCUCUCUCUCUCUCUCUCUCUCUCUCUCUCUCUCUCUCUCUCUCUAAACCAAACUUAUGCAUAUGUAAUUUAUUUUAAUGGUCUGGCAAUUUCCUCUCUCUCUC